UAUAUAAAAAUAUCGCUGCCUAAAACGCGGCUGGGACCGAUUCGCGCUCUUUCUAACGUGCGCCUUCCUUUCUUCUGUUGAUUAAAUGUGGGCGUUUUGUUAAGUGUUUUGUUGUUGGGUCCCAGUGGGUCUUUUUAAUCUGGACCGCCCAGAUCACCUAACAGAAUGAAUCUGAGAUCAAUGUGAAUCUGGCUUUUCGCCGAUUCUGUAUGCGAAUAACGUGCGCAUAAAGAUAGAAACACAGUAUAUAUUUGCUCAACUGCCCUUGGUCAGUCUCUCACCUCACCUGGCUGGGAAGUGUGUAUGUGUGUGGGAGGGUAUUCAGUACGGACGAAUGCUGGUCAUAGGCUAUGGAGUUUUUCCAUGGAAGUUACUCUCUAGUAGAGUUUGAAUUUGUUUUCUUGCUUCGAUUGAGCAGGUAUGGAGCUAGGAAUUUCCUGAUGGAUGGAAAAUUUCGAGCUUUUUAGUGAGUGAGUGGGUGUGUGUUUGGAGGAUUAAUGCUUGGUUCAUGAUCAAUGGAGCUGAAUUUGAACAAAGAAUGCGAAAGUGGUGGUGGUUGCGGCCGUAGCCGCGGUGGUGGUAUUGAUGGAUUCAUAGACAGGAGCAAAGUGAGGAUUUUGCUGUGUGAUAAUGAUUCCGAAAGUUCAAGAGAGGUUUUCACGCUUCUUUUGAGUUGCUCUUAUCAGGUGGUUUCUGUGAGGACUGCUAGAGAGGUGAUAGAUGCGUUGAAUGCAGAGGGACAAGAUAUAGAUAUCAUACUUGCUGAAGUUGACCUUCCAGUUACAAAAGGAAUGAAAAUGUUGAAGUACAUCACUCGGGAUAAAGACUUGCGUCGCAUUCCUGUCAUCAUGAUGUCAGCUCAGGAUGAGGUCUCUGUUGUUGUUAAGUGCCUGAGGCUUGGUGCAGCAGACUAUCUUGUAAAGCCUCUGCGAGUUAAUGAACUUUUGAACUUGUGGACGCACAUGUGGAGAAGAAGGCGCCUGGUUUGUUUGCAAAAAUCUGGCAAUAUUGGACUAGCAGACAAAAACAUCUUGAACUAUGACCUUGAUCUGAUGGCACCGGAGCCUAGUGAUGCAAAUACCAAUAGUACCACUAUGUUUUCAGAUGACACAGAUGACAGGUCUCACAGAAGCACCAACCUAGAGAUGGCAAUCUCUGUUCACCAGGAAGAUGAGUCUGCUGCUGCUACCGUUACUGAGCCUCCUCUCACCAAUUCAGUGGAAUACCCACCUGACGUUCCUGGAAUAACUGAUCGCAGAACUGGGCAAUUUUCAAUUGGUCCAAAAAAGAGCGAGCUGAAAAUUGGAGAAUCUUCUGCCUUCUUUACCUAUGUCAAAUUAAGUACCAUGCAAAACAACUCUCAAGCAGUUUCCCGUUUUGAAGUGAAUACUGCUGAACAUGUGAGGGUUGAUGGGAAACAUCAGGCAUGUGGUAACCAAGGGGUUGAUGAUCUCCAAGUACAGCACCAAAAUGGAGAGGCAGCACGGGAAAGCACUUCGCCUGGAGAUGACUUGCCAAGCAGUACAACUAGCUUCCCAGAUUCUCUUUCAAUGGAAAGGUCCUGUACUCCACCUUCUGCAGGGACGGAGUUUCUUCAACAUGAAAACGAUUCCAAGGAAGAAAACUUCUCUCAGGUGCUUAUGCAUCCAAGAAAUGAAUCUCAACAUAAUGUUUCUGGCUUACCUGCUUAUCCAUAUUGUGUGUCAGGGUUUAUGAAUCAAGUAAUGAUGUCCUCAUCAUCAGUGCAAGUGUAUCAAAAGAAUCUUCAUGACAUUCAAAAUCAUGCUACUACGUCUAUGAUUCCACAAUAUAAUCAUCCACAACAUAAUCAUCUUCCACAAUGCCCUCCUCGUUUAUCUGGGAUGGGAGCUUCAUUUCCCUAUUAUCCGUUCAGUAUAUGCCUACAACCUGGUCAAAUGCCUACUGCUCAUUCAUGGCCAUCUUUCGGAAGUUCUUCAGGUGAAGUAAAACUAAAUAGAAUUGAUAGAAGAGAGGCUGCCCUGAUAAAAUUUAGACAAAAAAGAAAGGAACGCUGUUUUGUUAAAAAGAUUAGGUAUGUUAACCGAAAACGACUAGCUGAAAGAAGGCCGCGAGUCAGGGGACAGUUUGUAAGGAAGGUUAAGGAUGUAAUGGAUCUUAAUGGACAACCUGCUACUGAUCAAUGAUGAAAAUACUUGCACCGAGGGAUUCCUCUUGGAAAGGGUGCAUCUGGGUAAUUAAUCUCAUAUUGGAUGGUUAUUUUAGGGAGGAUUGUUUAAAUUACAAAAGAUGCGAUAUAUCUCCUUUGUUGUUGUUUUUAGCUUUUUGUUAUAGUCUCUGCAUCUUUGAUGCUCUGGAAAAUGGUUUAAAGAAGGGAUACGCAUCAAAACUACAAUUUGGUUCCAAGUAUUAGUUUAACCAAAUCUCUCUGCCGCACAUCAUUCUAAACUUAUCCUUUUGUCACUUCAUUUAGUUUUGGUAUGACUCAAAAGGACCACCCAACAGGGCCCAUAAAUUGGAUACUUACACAAAUUGAAACUGCCGCAAGCAUUCUGUUCUUUAAUCAUUUCCAUGUUCAAAAUCCAAUCAAGCAACAUGGUUAGUCUACCCAUUUUCUUUUUUAUUAUUAUUAUUAUUAUUUAAACUAUAUGAAAGAAUGUUGGAAAUUUCAUAAAUGCAAAGGAGAAAUUCAUCUUGUAUGAAACUUUUAUUCUAUUCAAAUGAAAAGAACAAAUCUUGAAUUACUAUUC